GUCUCAGGGACAAAAGUGAAAGUCUGGCCUGGUGAAAGUCGUCACUGGAUCGACAACCAAUCAGAGUGCUCUACUUCUGAGCCAAUCACACCAAAGGUUCUGACCAAUCAGAUUUAUCGUUGUACAGGCUACAAUAACGUAUAAAAAUGACGCGGCAGGUUCGUAAUCAUUUCUCGUUGCAAACAUCGAGUCAGACCGUCAGUGAUGGCACGUACCAAGCAGACCGCCCGUAAGUCCACUGGAGGCAAGGCCCCCAGGAAGCAGCUGGCCACCAAGGCCGCUCGCAAGAGCGCCCCGGCCACCGGAGGUGUCAAGAAGCCCCAUCGUUACAGGCCCGGCACCGUGGCUCUUAGGGAGAUCCGUCGUUACCAGAAGUCCACCGAGCUGCUCAUCCGCAAGCUGCCCUUCCAGCGCCUGGUCAGGGAGAUCGCCCAGGACUUCAAGACCGACCUGCGCUUCCAGAGCUCUGCCGUCAUGGCUCUGCAGGAGGCUAGCGAGGCCUACCUGGUCGGUCUCUUCGAGGACACCAACCUGUGCGCCAUCCACGCCAAGCGUGUGACCAUCAUGCCCAAGGACAUCCAGCUGGCCCGUCGUAUCCGUGGCGAGCGUGCUUAAACACCUACCCUGAACGAACUAACCCCGGCCCUUUUCAGGGCCACCCACAUCCUCUGAAAGAACUAUGUUGUCCACCUUUUGCCACUGCGUGCUUUCUGAUUAAACUCACGUUAAGUUCUUGUGUUUCUAUUUCUGUAAAGCGUAUAUCACAGUAGGGUCCAAUAGUGGGACCAUGCAUAUCCAGGUGAACCAAAAAUCAGUAGGUGGGGUACAGACUCGGGUAUUAUGGGCUUUCACAUAUUAUUAGGCUAUAUGCAGAUGAACAACGUAUUUAUUUCUUUUUCUGGUCGGCCGAUGUUUUAACCUUCCAAACAUCGUUUGUUGUG